AUGACUAAGUUCAUCUGCAUCGUGCUGGCACUGGUCUGCCUUGGCGCAGUCACCGUACACGGACAGUACACGACCGACGUGAAGUGCACCACCCUAUCCGAGUGCAUCUGCAAGCUGCCGAAGAUCAUCGGAGCGGUCGCAGGACGGAAGGCCUCGGCCACCAUCCGCAACCCGGUCAACGGCCAGACGUACACGCUGGAUCUGUCCAAGCCGUCGCAGGCCGUUGCCGACUACUGCGCCCAGCUGCAGCGCGGCCAAACCCCGCAGGCACUGCCCUUCGCGCCGCCCGUGAACGGAAACAAACUUGCCCAGGUUCAAGCGCUCCUGGCCGCUCGUGGAAUCAAAGGUUAA